AUGCUGGCUACUCCAAUAACAUGGUGGGGAGAUGAUGGACAUGCCAUUGUUUGUAAGAUUGCUCAGGAUCGGCUGAGCAAUGAAGCUGCUAAAGCCGUGAAAAAGUUAUUACCAAAAUCUGCAAAGAAUGACUUGGCCAGUCAGUGUUCAUGGGCAGAUCAUUUGAGGUUUAUUUUUCCGUGGUCGUCUCCUUUGCACUUUGCUGAUACUCCUGACAAUGUUUGCAGCUUCAACAACAAAAGUAACAAUCCUUUCUUAUUCUUUUCUGAUAAAUAUUAUGUAAAUGCUUCACAGUUGAAAGUUUGA